CAAUGGCUACUCGUUCAUUGGUUCCAACAUUUAUUAUGAAAACAUUUGAAAUGCUAGAAGUAUAUGUCACAUAAAGUAUUAGGAUCAAACAAUAUCUCAUAUUGUUUCUUGGACUGAAGAAGGAUUAAGUUUUGUUGUGAAAAGCCAAAAGUUAUUAUAAUAAUAGGUUCUGCCAUAAUAUUUUAAACAUAGAAAUUAUUCUAGUUUUCUAAGGUAAACUUAAAGAAUAAUUUACUAGAUAACUGAAUUUAUAUAAUUUUAAAAAGAGUAAACAUUAAGAUGGAUAAGAGUUUAAACAUAAAUGUUUUAGAAAAGGAGUUAAGUAAUAUAUAUAAGUAUAUAAUUAAUAGAUAGAUGUUAUAAUUCAUAAAGAGAAGAAAUAAUGAUGAUGGAAAUUAGGAAUCUGUUAAUCCUAAUCAACCAUGUAUUUCAUAUGAUUAUUAUUUUGAUUAGCUGCUAAAUUGAAAGAAGAAUAAAAUAUUUUAAGAGUGUGUGCAUCUGAUAUUAAAGAUACAAAUACAAGAUUAGAUGAAGAUAUGCAAAUAUUAAAAUAAAAGAGUGGUGUACUUUUAGAAGAAAUGUGGAAUCUUAAAAAGGUUAAUACUCAAUUAUAUAAUAGUUAUUACAUAGUCAAUUUGAUUAAGUGAAUCAUAAAUUGGAAAGAAUAGAUAUAAUUAUAGGAGCAAUGUCAUAACAUAAAAAAUUCAAAAGUAAUUAAUAAUUAUAAAUAAUAAUAGAUAUCUCUUAAUAUUUCACUACUAAAUUUUUACAGAAUGAACUUCAUACUCUAGAAACAAACUUAAAUUAACCACUCUUUGAAUCACCAAAAUAAGAAGUUGAUGAUUAGGAAUAAAUCAAAGCAUUAUUUGAAGAAUUAUAAAAUCUUAGUAAACCAAUUCAAUUUGAUUGA